GGAGGCAGCCAGAGUGUUCUCUGCAGCAGAAGACCCCUUGCUGCCCUGCUUAACCCAGACCAGCAUUUGCCAGGUCAGAAACCACAGAGGAUCAGGCCCUUGGCCUUGAACUCUGGCACUUCACAAACAGCAGGACAGAUCAGGCUAGCCACAUUCUACAAAACCCUCAAGGGACUCACCUUUCUGGAGGAGAGUUGAGAUGAAGAAGCCAAGCAGCCAAAAGUUUACACAGGUCAGAGGUGCCAUCUAGCUGCUUCACCUAAGCCAACAAGAGGAGCAAGAGACUGACUGCAUGAGAAAGGCAGACAGGUUACCAAGGCCACUAUGAACACCUGGCUGUUGGAAAGAGAAAUUGGUCAAGCGGAGGCUGAUACCUGUGCUAGAGAAUGGCUGCAAAACCAGGGCAACUGCUAUGUGUAUUUCGAUGAUCUGAAAACCUGGCAAGAGGCUGAAAUUGAGUGCCAGAGUUAUGGCCGUAGGGCACAUUUCACCUCCAUUCUUAUUGUGCAAGAGCCUCAUUUGGUGUCUGAACACAUCUCCAUUUACCAGACAGGCCUGAGCAAUGUCUGGAUUGGGCUGAGUGAUGUCUGUCAGACUGGGAGAUGGAGAUGGGCUGAUGAAUCAACCUACAACUAUAAGGCUUGGAUGCCAGGCCAGCCAGACAACUAUGGGAAGGCUGAGCAUUGUGUGGAGCUGAGACGUUCUACAGGUUUUAAUCAGUGGAAUGAUGCUCCAUGCAAGAAAAGAAAUGCCUACAUCUGCAAGCACGAGCUCUAGAUUAACCCAAGCUGUGCCUGCUGGGACGUGACUGGUCCUGACAGCGAAAAAUUGGCUGGCUUUUCGGAUGAGCAUCUACUGCCAUUAUAUCUCCAUCUCACAAAUCAACAAACGGGCUCCCAUCCAUAUUUUCCCAAAUGUCCGCCCCAAAGAGCUGCUUUUUGGGUCUUCCUCAUCUCCUCCUAAUCCCUUUCAUGGCCGCUGCACAUUGUAAACUUAAUAAACUAGCUA